GCCAAUGAAUUAAUUAUUUUUGAAAAGGAAAAAUCUUGCUAAAUGGCUUACAAGCGUUGCCUACAAAGCACGCGCCUAGUCUUUGUGGUAUAUUCUGUCUCAGGAAAUACACGCGACCGAAAUACUUGAAAAUUCGCCGAGCAACUAACCGAUGAGCUUUCGACAAUCGAGGGCUUGAGGUAAUUCCCUAUUUUCUUGAGAUCCUGCAACUAUGCAAGCUUGAAUGUUUGAUACCGCGACUUACGGUCUGCGUUUGAUAGAAAGGAGAACGUUGAAGGCACCAAGUGAGAAAUUCUUCGAAGUUUUUUCACUGAAAAAACCGCGAGUUGAAGUUCUUCUUUGAUUGUUUCAGUUGUGGGUACUGGGUUAGCAACUGUUCCUUCGUCAAAAGAAGUGGGGCAUUGAAGAAAAGCAUGGGUUGGGGUAUAUCAAGGUUGAUAGGGUUGAAGGGUACUUUGAUGUUCUUUUUAUUUGCAUAUCUUACACGUCUCGGCUUUGCAUUGUUAUCUGUACCAUUCUUAUAUGCUUCUUUGGUAUCUUUCUUGGUCUCCCUUGCUUCUCAUCCAUCCAUCAAUCUUCCCAUGCUUUUGGGUAAGAAACCAGAUGGGACUUUUCCCAUCUGGUCUGUAAUCAUGUUUAGCCCAUAUUUGUAUUUUGUUCGGGCUUUCUCUGCAUUGCGAAGGUUCUGUAGUGGAGAAGCUCCUUAUAGUGAGAUUUGUGAGGGUGUAUAUGUUGGGGGGUGGCCUUAUUCUUCACAUGGUUUGCCACCCGGUAACCCUGCCAUCAUUGAUUGCACUUGUGAAUUCCCAAGAGGUCCACAUUUAUCGGAGAAUGCAUAUUUAUGCGUUCCCACUUGGGAUACAAGGGCUCCUCAGCCUGCUGAAAUUGAAUCUGCAGUUCGCUGGGCUUGUAGAAAGAGAGCCCUGAAAAAGCCUUUGUUCGUCCACUGUGCAUACGGUCAUGGAAGAAGUGUUGCUGUAAUGUGUGCUCUACUGGUGGCUUUGGGUUUGGCAGAUGAUUGGAAAAAUGCGGAGAAAUUAAUCCGGGAUAAACGGCCAUAUAUUCGUAUGAAUGUUCUCCAUCGUAAAACCUUGGAAGAAUGGUCGAGGCACCGGUUAUCUUCCCCUAAAAGGAAUGAAGAAAUAGAUGUGAGUACUGUGAUUCUGUCUAACACUUCUGGGAGCUCAGAGUCCAUUAGGUCUGAUGAUACUGUUGGGUAACAUUCUUCCAAAUUUGCGGACUGCUAUUUCUUGCCCCUUGCACCCAUUGAUUGCCCGCAGUGUUGCUGUUAUUCUCUUCUAAUAGGUUCCAUUAUGUUUUUGGAAAUUGAUUUCUGCUAAUAAACCAAAGUGCUUGAUUCAA